CUAAGGCAAUGAACACUAAAGGUACUGAUUUCUCUCUUCUUCCUGCAAGAAAAAAUUGCAGCAUAUCAGAAUUUCAAAGCAUUGGGAUUUCAGAAGAAAUGGUUGUCUUUCAGUUACUUGCCUUCGAAACAGCAGAAAUUUAUUACAAUUAUUGGCUUCCAAUGGCUUCCAGUGGCUUCCAGUGGACAAUGCUGUUGAUAGAUUAAGCAAUCAAGACAAAAAUCUAAUUAUGCUGUACCGGAAGCUAUAUUCUGUAUAGAGAUCAAAGAGAUAGCAUGCCCUCCAAGGGGGCCAAAAAAAGUUUGAACAUUAUGGCUUUGCUGAUGCAGCUCCCUAUCUAAAAGCAAAAAAGUGAUAAAUUAUGAAAAGCAGCAUAAUGUAAGCUCUUUUCCAGGUGUUCAAGCGGAACAUAAUAAACCAUUAGCCACUGGAGAUCAUUAAGAACAGUCUCAAUCUUGCCCAUGAAGAGUCAAUCUGUGAGGAUCAAUAUGGCAACCAAACUUCUAUGAGCCUUGCAUACUCUUUGAUGAUAUUUGGGAAGACUACAAGUAAUAUCAAAUAUCUAUGGCUCCGGACCUAUUGACCUACAUGCCUUGUUAGGUCAUUGCUUGAAAUUUGCUUGUUUUUUUGCAUAUCGGCUGCAAUGACCUAACAAAUGUUAGAUGUUUUUGUAUAGAAGUGGCUGCUGUUGUCUAGCAAAUUCAAUGGCUCCUUUAUCAAAGACAUGGUCUUUGAUAUUCUUGGAGAAUAUUUUGUUUGUUAUGUAACAAUUUUUGUUGUUGCGUGUUACACAUUAGAAAAAGGAAGUUUAAGGGCAUAUACUGCUUCAUUAUGCUUCACGCAAAUAGAAAUGCAUGAUUUUCAUGGUGAGUUCUACGGUACUCCAAGAGAUGCAUGGUCACUCUGACAAUUGUAUGUGGUCUUCUAGAGAUGCAUAUGGUACUUGUAUUAUAGCGUGUUUUCCCACAUUAGAUUUCGUUUGCCUGUCCUUGGAUGUACAUUUCGUUGCCAUUAGUAGUGUGCUUUCAUAUUAAGCUGACUGUUCCACAAGCUUUUGGGUGUAUGACAAAUUUGAGAUUAUAUGUGAAGGUUUCCCAUGAAAGCAAGGAAGUAGUUCAUGAUCCUAGCUGGUUCGCUCUGCAGGUUGAUGAAUCACGAUGGCCGAACAUUGAAAUCUAAAUGAAUAUGAUUUAUGAUAAGCAGAAAGGCGAUUGGAGAUGGAAGAAGGCAGCAGGAGCCCCACGAGUGACUCCCUCAAGUGGCAAAGUAUUCCUGGCCCGACAUUAAACAGGUAGGAAAGGCGACAACAUUUUAGAGGGAUUUAUGGCAAGAAAGAAACCUCCAUCCCUGGGGAUCCUGUUACUCAUCGUCUGCCACAGCAACCAGUGAUCAUGUCGGAUGAAGAACAUCAUUUCGAGUCCAAGGCCGAUGCUGGGGCGUCCAAGACCUACCCCCAACAGGCCGGGACGAUCCGUAAGAACGGAUACAUCGUCAUCAAAGGGAGGGCCUGCAAGGUUGUUGAAGUUUCAACAUCCAAGACUGGGAAACAUGGCCAUGCAAAAUGUCACUUUGUUGGCAUAGACAUCUUUAACACAAAGAAGCUUGAGGAUAUUGUGCCAUCUUCUCACAACUGUGAUGUUCCUCAUCUUACUCGAACUGAUUAUCAGCUCAUUGACAUAUCUGAAGAUGGUUUUGUGAGCCUUCUGACUGAAAAUGGCAACACGAAAGAUGAUCUGAGACUUCCAACUGAUGAAACUUUGCUAGCUCAGGUUGUCCGUUUGUAUAGAAGGAAGUGGAUUGAAGAACACACAUAUCCUCAUUUUACUAUGAUUGGACAAAGUCUUGGUUCAGUGUAUCUUUCAUGGGAAGCACUCCGCAAAUUCACGCCUCAGUUCUAUUUUGAUACUAGUGGCUAUGCUUUUACAUACCCGCUUGCUCGGAUUUUUGGUGUAAAGUUAUUUGCUAUACUCAUUAUCCAACCAUCAGUCGGUGACCCACCCUACAGGUGGGUCACACGAGUAACAGGACGACUCGAGCCCGACUGAAUCACCCAGGUACUUAUUGCAGGUACGUCACUUCUCGUUGGACGGGUCACCCAUAUAGUGUAACAGAAUCACCCCACGUAAACCCCAGACGGGUGGGUGAUGUGGAAAUUUUAUCCUAUCACGACAACAGUACGAGCAUGAGGAUAAUUUUGUGCAACCACAAAGCUGCAAUACUGAUCGAACUCAAUCCAAGAAUUUAAAUAUCGAUCUGAUCUGAUAUUAAUGUUGAUAAUCAAUCAAUAUCAGUAACUGAAACGCCGUUGUCAGACUCAGCCAAACCCUGGCUACAUCUAGGGCACAGAUAUUAAAGCAAGGCAGCAGCCCACUAGGGACUUCAAAUCGCCAAGUUUACUGCCGAGGCAAAGCAGACGUCACAAAGCAUAUGGAGACACAAAAACGUUCUGUUAAAAGACAAGCUCUAGGAAAAUAAUAAUAUUAUUAUUUCUACAAGCACUCGCCUCAGAAAACUUCGUUAAAAGAAAAUCAUUUUUAAGCCAAUACAUAAAUUACCAAUCGACGCACCAAAGCAGGACUUUUUUACUCUUGGAAUACGGGCCAAAUGAACAAAGAGUGACCAUCCAACAUUCUUUCGAGUCCCAAAGAAUCUCUUGCAUACUAAAUAAGAUAACCUGGAUUCGUGAGGCCAAGAACUACUUGGGGCCAAUGUCCUUGAUUGCACAGAUCUGUUCUUCACCCAUAGCAAACAUCAUAGUGACAACCAGAUCUUUCCCCUCCGCAAAUCCAUCUUUGAUCUGUCAGUGUAUUCAAAUGGCACAACAUAAACAAUCUGUCGAACGUUAUGGAAAUCCUCCUUUAGGAUAACAUAUAAAUAAUUGGUUGUCCCUUUUAUUUGUUUUGCAGAGAUACUAGUUAUGCUGUCAUUUAUACGGAUGGUUCUCAAAUAUAUACUUUAAAAGACUUGAAUCAGGCUGAUUAAGAAAGCCCUAAAAUCUAUUUUAAACUAUUCAUACUUCAACAAGAGUCCAAUCGCGACACUCGAAAUCGAUAUAUAUCUUUGCAAAACCAAUAAAAGGGCCAACCCCAUCCAUAGCAUGAUCCAACGCGAACCAAAGGUCUUGGAUCUGGAAACGUAAACCAAAGGUAUUGGAUUGAAAGAAAAGCACCAGAUUUUGAUUCGUAUGCCAAAUUCAGCAUAACCUAAAGAGGGAACAGGGGCUACCUGAGGGGGGCGAAGCAGCUUGACACCGAACCGAUCGAGGGCGCGGGCGGACAGGCUCUGAGGGGAGGCGUCGUCACCAGUGAAGACGGCGCAGUCGAGAUCGGGGUUCUCCUCCUGCACGGCCUUGACAGCGCACCACAGGACCCUCUCCCCGCCGCCGACGUCAUUGGUGUAGGGAUGGAAGAAACCCGCCUCCCCCGUCUUCCCGAGAUCACCGCUGCGGCGGCGGAGAAGAGCAAUAGGGACAGAAGGGAAGAGGUUAAGGUCGUGAACAACAAGGCCCAAAGCGCCAUUUUGGUUGCGCUUCGACACACCUCGCGGCUCACCGGAUUUGGGUUCUUCUUUCUAUACGUCAAAAUAAAAAUGACGUAGCUCGUGACCGGUUACAGCCGGUGACCCACCCCACAGGUGGGUCACACGAGUAACGGGACGACUCGAGCCCGACUGAAUC